AUGGCUACACGAGCGCCUCCGCCAGCCCCAAAACCAGGACGUGUGAAAGUUUACCGCGCUCUGUACGACUACACGGCCAGAUCUGUAUGUUUUUUCUUGAUUUUCAAUAAUUUCAUGUGAUCCCCAGUUCAUAGUUAUUCCGGCAAAGUCAGAGAGAGAAAAAGAAAAUGUUAUUUUAGAGGAUCAGAUAAUUUUGCCUUGAGGGAAGUCACUUUUAAAACGGCGUCAAUUGUAAAUUUCAAGACGCAAGAAAUGUCAUUCGCUGAAGGCGACUUGCUGUAUGUCAGCGAUAAAGGACCAAAUGAUGAUUGGCUGCCGGCCAGCAUAGGAGGAAGGAAAGGCCUGGUUCCUGCCAACUAUGGUAUAUAUAUUUAAUUUCGUUUUUAUUUUUAUGUUUUUGACAUUUCAGUGGUUAGUGAAAAUGUUGAAGAAUUGCCCAAUCCUCUACAUGAAGCGGCAAAACGAGGCAAUUUCGACUUUUUGAAGGAGUGUAUUAGGGAACAGGUUGUUUUUUUCAAAGUUUCGUGACGAUUUUUAGGAUUUGUUUAAAUAUAGAUAUAGAUAUAAAUUCAUGCUCGAGAGGUUGAAAGUUAGAAGCUUUGAAAUACUGAGGAUAGCUUUUUCGCCUUGAGAACUUUUUCUGUUUUCAAAAACUCCGGAAGGAGUUUUUGAACAAUCUUUAAUUUUUUUACAUAAUUUUUGUCCGUUAGUUUGAUUUGAACUUGACUGAUAAUUAAACAGAAAGAAAACGCUUUUUAUAAAAAAAUUUAUUACGAAACUUUUUUCUCAGGUCUCUGUGAAUAGUUUGGAUAAAUCGGCGUCGACAGCGCUGUACUGGGCGUGUCACGGUGGUCAUACCGAAAUCGUCAAAUAUCUUUUGGAAAUCCCGAAUGCGGCUAUUUCUUCGCAGGUUUGAAUAACUCAUUCGGAAAUUCUUGAAAAAUUUGUUCUGUAACGUGAAAAUCGAGAAAAGAAACUCAUUUUAAAAGUUUUUGUUAAAUCGCAAACCGCUGCUCCCUGACGUCACGAGGUCACUUUAUGGCAUCAUUCGGAACCCAAGAAAUAAGCGUAAUCAAAAUAUUUAGCUAAAAUGGAAAAUUUUUCAAGUAGAAUCUAAUUUUAUGAAUUUAAAACGUGAAAAAAAUAAAUCAAAUAAUAUGGCUGCGUGUGCGAAUCGCUAAGUCAAGAUGACGUCAUAGGGAUGAUGUCAGGGAGUAGCGGGUUGCAAUUCAACUCGAAAUCAUUUUAAAUGUGUGAUACUGAAAUAGUCCUGGCGUUUUUUUAAAAUUUGAAAAAAAAAGUCUACUUCAAACACACGUGCUUCACAUGUUUCGGGAGGUUCUGAGCCAAUAAUAAAAAUCACUCGAGGGCUGUAAAUUUAUUUUUUGCGCUUGAAAAUUUUAAAAAUGUCCCGAGCGGUGCAAAAAAAAAAUUGAAACAGGUAUUAGCUCCUCUAGGGCGCCGUUCAGGAAAAAUUAAUAAGUACGGAAUUUUUCAACCUUAAAAUAUUCGAGAUACUUUUUUCUUCCUAUAGUCCGCUCAGAUUUUGAAUUUCAACUUGAAUGACGUCAUUCAAAAACGCUGUGGAUGGCUCGCUCUCUGAUUGGUUUAUCGCACCAAUAUGGGCGGAGCUUCAGGGACCACUUGACAUUCAAAAUUUGAACAGACUAUACAUUUUUAGUUUUCUACUUUUAAAGAACAAACUGGGCGACACGCCACUGCACGCGGCUUCUUGGCGUGGUCACGUCGAUUGCAUUCGGUUACUUCUCGAAAAGAACGCUCAGCCUUGGAUCCGCAACAAGGAACGAAAGUUGCCCAUCGACGUCGCCAAGGUCUUUCGAAGCCCCAAAUCCUCUGAACUCUGAAUAUCUUUCUAGGACGCUGACGUCGCUGCUCUUCUGAGCCAGGCGAUGCGUACCGACGUCGUCAACGAGGACGAGUACAACGCCUACCAGUCGGAAUCCGACGGAGAGUAG